GCAGCUAGUUGCUCCGUAGCGGCCGAAGGGGCGGGCUCGAGGGCCGAGGGAGUCUAAGCUGCUCGCGGGUCGCUCGGCGGUGCAAGAUGGCGGACAUCUCCCUGGACGAGCUCAUCCGGAAGCGCGGGGCUGCGACGAAGGGGCGUCUGCAUGCCAGGCCGGGAGUCGGAGGUGUCCGGUCGCGUGUGGGGGUCCAGCAGAGCCUCCUCAGCCCGCCAGCCCGCGCCGCCGCCUUCCAGCAGAGGUUUGACGCCCGGCAGAAGAUUGGCCUCUCGGACGCCAGGCUCAAGCUGGGAGUCAAGGAUGCCCGGGAAAAGCUUUUGCAGAAAGACGCUCGGUUCCGGAUCAAAGGGAAAGUGCAGGAUGCCAGAGAGAUGCUGAACUCGCGCAAGCAGCAGAGCACGGCGCCCCCGAGGCCCCGCCAGGUGGCCGAUGCCCGCGAGAAGAUCAGCUUGAAGCGCAGUUCCCCAGCCACCUUCCUGAGCCCACCCGUCGGGGCGGUGACCCCCGCCCUGAAGCUCACCAAAACCAUCCAGGUUCCCCAGCAGAAGGCCGUGGCGCCGCUCCACGCCCAUCCUGCUGGAAUGAGAAUCAACGUCGUCAAUAACCACCCGGCCAAACAGAAUUUAUAUGAUUUGGAGGAAGAUGAUGACUCUGUAGCUCCCAUUCCUAGUAAACAGAUGAAAUUUGCAGCUUCUGGCAGCUUUCUCCACCACGUGGCCGGACUGAGCAGUUCCAAGUUCUCCGUGUCCAAGGCCCUCCCUCUCACCAAAGUGGUCCAGAAUGACGCGUACACAGCUCCGGCCCUCCCCUCCUCUGUUCGAACAAAAGCCUUGACCAGCAUGUCCCGGACACUCGUGAACAAGGAGGAGCCCCCGAAGGAGCUGCCGCCCACCGAGCCUGUCCUCAGCCCCUUGGAAGGUACCAAGAUGACCGUCAACAAUCUGCACCCUCGAGUCACUGAGGAAGACAUUGUGGAGCUUUUUUGUGUAUGUGGAGCCCUCAAGAGGGCUCGCCUGGUCCAUCCUGGGGUAGCAGAGGUGGUCUUUGUGAAGAAGGACGAUGCCAUUACUGCAUACAAGAAGUAUAACAACAGGUGUUUGGAUGGGCAACCCAUGAAGUGCAACCUUCACAUGAAUGGAAACGUCAUCACCUCAGACCAGCCCAUCCUGCUACGGCUGAGCGAUAGCCCCUCGGUGAAGAAGGAGAGUGAGCUGCCUCGCAGGGUGAAUUCUACCGCCGCCUCUAACCCUCCAGCCGAAGUGGACCCUGACACCAUCCUCAAAGCGCUCUUCAAGUCUUCGGGGGCCUCUGUGACUACACAGCCCACAGAAUUCAAAAUCAAACUUUGAGCGAGGGCGCAGGGGGGUGGGGUCG